AUGGAAAUCCCGAGGCUGCUCCCGGCUCGCGGGAUACGACAAAGCGGAGGGGCUGGCAGCCCCGAGGGCGGCGGCCGGAUCCGCGGAGGUCCUAACCUGCGGGCCGGUCAGGCCCCGGCGCGCCGCCUGCUGCUGCUCCGUGGCCCUCAAGAUGGCGGGCCCGGGCGGCGGUGUGAGGAGGCCAGCGCGGCUUCUUCUUGCCCAGGCCCGGGCCUGAGCCCGUUGGCGCUGAGGCCUGAUCAUGCUAGCGGCUGUGGCAGCGGCGGCGGGAGCGGCGGCGAUGACUUCUUCCUGGUGCUGCUGGACCCGGUGGGUGGAGACGUAGAUACCGCGGGCGCCGGCCAGGCCACAGGGCCCUUGUGGCGGGAGGAGGCCGGGCUGGGCCCAAGGCUCCCGGGGGGCGAAAGCGGCGCGAACCCCGAGGGCCGCCCUGCGCUGGGCCCCAGCUGCCUGUCGGCUAUCCCCGCCCCAGUCCCGGCCUUGGCCCCGAUCCCCGCUCCAGGCCUGGGCCCUGCCACGGCCUUCGCAGGCACUGUCACCAUUCACAACCAAAACCUACUGUUGCGCUUGGAGAACGGCGUCCUCACUCUAGCCACGCCCCCACCGCCCGCCUGGGCGCCUGGGGUCGCCCCUGCCCCGCAGCCCAGGGGUCUGAUUGCCCCACAAGCUGGGAUCCCUCACGCCGCGCAGCCUGGAGACUGUCCCGAGCUGCCGCCUGACCUCCUGCUGGCAGAGCGGGCAGAACCUGCGCCUGCCCCAGCGCCCAAGGAGGAGGCGGAGGGCCCCGCGGCUGUUGAGAGCCCCCGCGGGCCGCCAGGCCCGGGCCAGGGCGUGUUGCUGUACCUGUGUCCUGAGGUGCAGUGCGGACAAACCUUCGCCAAGAAGCACCAGCUGAAGGUGCACCUGCUGACACACAGCAGCAGCCAGGGCCAGCGGCCCUUCAAGUGCCCCCUGGGUGGUUGCGGGUGGACCUUCACCACCUCCUACAAGCUCAAGAGGCAUCUGCAGUCACACGACAAACUGAGGCCCUUUGGCUGCCCAGCAGAGGGCUGUGGCAAGAGCUUCACCACCGUGUAUAACCUCAAAGCACACAUGAAGGGCCACGAGCAGGAGAACUCAUUCAAAUGUGAGGUGUGUGAGGAGACCUUCCCCACGCAGGCCAAACUCAGCGCCCACCAGCGCAGUCACUUCGAGCCUGAGAGGCCCUACAAGUGUGCGUUUUCCGGCUGCAAGAAGACAUUUAUCACAGUGAGUGCCCUGUUUUCCCAUAACCGCGCCCACUUCAGGGAACAGGAACUCUUUUCCUGUUCCUUUCCUGGCUGCAGUAAACAGUAUGACAAGGCUUGUAGGCUGAAAAUUCACCUUCGGAGCCACACUGGUGAGAGACCAUUCCUUUGUGACUUUGAGGGCUGUGGCUGGAACUUCACUAGCAUGUCCAAACUCCUAAGGCACAAACGGAAGCACGACGACGACCGGAGGUUCAUGUGCCCGGUGGAAGGGUGUGGGAAAUCUUUCACAAGGGCUGAACAUCUGAAAGGCCACAGCAUAACCCACCUGGGCACGAAGCCUUUUGUGUGCCCAGUGGAAGGUUGCUGUGCCAGGUUCUCUGCUCGCAGUAGUCUCUACAUUCACUCCAAGAAACACUUGCAGGAUGUGGACACUUGGAAAAGCCGAUGCCCAGUCGCCACUUGUAAUAAACUCUUCACAUCCAAGCACAGCAUGAAGACCCACAUGGCCAAAAGGCACAACCUGCGCCAGGAUCUCUUAGCUCAGCUGGAAGCUGCAAAUUCUCUUACACCCAGCAGUGAACUUACCAGCCAGGGGCAGAGUGACCUCAGUGAUGCUGAGCUUGUGUCUCUCUUGUCUGAUGUGCCUGGUAAUAGUUCUGCUGCAGUACUGGACACGGCAUUGGUGAACUCUGGCAUCUUGACUAUUGAUGUGGCUUCUGUGAACUCCACUCUGGCAGGAAACCUCCCUGCUAAUAAUAAUAAUUCCUUAGGGCAGGCAGUGGACCCUCAGGCCUUGAUGGCCACCAGUGACCUUCCUCAAAGUUUGGAUACCUCACUCUUCUUUGGAACGACAGCAGCAGGUUUUCAGCAGGGUCCCUUAGAUAUGGAUGAUGUCUCAAGUCUAAGUGCGGGGCCGUUGGCAUCUCUGAGCUCUUUGGCUGUGAAAAACUCGAGUCAAGAGCCCCAGGCUUUGAUCCCUAGCAGUAAGCUAACAGUAGACACAGAUGCUCUGACUCCUUCAAGCACCCUUUGUGAAAACAGUGUCUCAGAACUACUGCCACCAACCAAAACGGAAUGGAAUGUACAUCCUGACUCUGACUUCUUUGCACAGGAGGAAGAAACCCAGUUUGGAUUCUCCAAUCCAGCAGGAAACCAUGGGUCUCAGAAAGAAACAGAUCUUAUCACAGUGACUGGCAGCUCAUUUUUGUCAACAGCAGCCCUUGCCCUGGGAUUGCUCCACAGUCCCUAAACUCCAGCUCCCAGCCGCUGCACCUUCUAGGGGACCUGUGCAUCCCUGUCCAAG